CACCAAAGCGAAUAUUGCAGAUGAUGAGUGUAAAAGGGCUCAAAAUUUCUCAUAUCAAAAGCCAUCUUCAGAUGUACCGGAGCUCGAAAUAUGGUAACAACUUCAACGUGGUUGUACCGGUGGGGCACUUGCAUUUAAGAAGAGCAUGCAUUAAAGACGGACUCUUCUCAAGUUGCUCAUUAUCUAAGAGGAUAGUAGGAAACGAACACAGAGACUGGCAAUGCCAAGGGGGGAAUUUCGAACAACAAAACUUUUUCAAGGAAAUCAACAAUAGCCUUUUACAUAUGGAAGAAGCAGCAGCUAAUGUCUUUCAGAAUAACCAGGAAAAAUAUACAUGCUUACUUGGCAAAAGUUUGAAAGAUGAAGAUAUUGGAGGGUUAGACGAAGUUUGUGAGCUAUCUCCAUCCUUCUGUCCUUCCCCAGAUACCAUACCAAAUUCAGAAGAUGAUGAUGAGAAGGAGUACGUUUGCCGUCUAAUCGAUGAUCAUAGCCACCCAACUUCCAUAAGGACUUCAAAAUUUUCCAAUAAUAACAUAAAUUUGGACCUAACCAUCUCAACCUCAUUCCCCAAUUGAUCACACUAUGAUUAUUAUAUCUAAAAAAUUUGGUUUCU